GAAAUGCUGUAAAUUAUCUAUGGUUGUUGCAACUUGACGAUCUCGAAGUAAAUUCUUGUUAUUUCAACCUCAUUAAACACAAAUGCGGAAACCAUACUGGUGAAAUCAAGCGUGUGGAAACGAUUGAGGUCUUUUAUAAUACUUUUCGACGGUUGAAGUUCUCAAAGAUAAGGCUGCAAAGUUCAAGGGCGAAUUUAUGCAGAGUCGUGCGGAUCCGUGGCUGCUAUUGAAUCAGAGGAAGCCAUUGAUUCAUGCCGAUCUGCAAAUUCCUUCCUUAAAAAAAGGAGAAAUUGAAUUCGGCCGAAAAGAAGAGCACCCAAAAGUAGAAAUGGAACCCUGAAGGAAGAUUGCAGAAGUUAAAGAUUUUUUUUUUCUUUUCCUUUCUUGCUUCGCUAUCUUCUUCCUCUUCUCCAGGCAUGGAGGACGGCCGCCACCAUCUUCCGCACUUCGUUCCGGAUGCCAGGUACGCUGUUCCGCACCAUAACAAUCCCCACAAGCAACAUCACCACCACCAUCUUUUCCUCCGCCCAGAUUUCGACCUCCCCAACGUCGGCGGCGGCGGCGCCCCAGCCGGAUUGGAGGCGUCGUCUCCCCGCGUCUACAUCCCGCCGCACCUUCCCCAAGAUCCCCGAAUGGGGAUGCCUCAGCAGCAAUACCACCACCCACCGCCGCCCCCGCCGCUGUUGGAUUUCCGCACGAACGGUGACCUGGCCCUUGAUCGCCUCCUUCUCCGCCGCGAGGCGCAUCCUGAUUUUAGGGAUUUUAAUCCCCUCGGUUCCCCAAAGGUUGGGGGUAUAUUGAGAGAGGAUCCCCGAAGUUGGGAACAGCCGGCUCCGGCGCCGCUGGCGGACCCCUUUUUUGAGCGGCAGGGCGUCGGGAGGGAGCGGCUGCCGGUUGAGUCUCGGCUUGGUCCACCUAGGGUUAGGAUGGAGGAUGGGACUCCGAGGGGCAAGAGAAGCCGGGUCGUCGAUGAGUUCAUCGAUGGAGAUGGGGUUAGGUAUUUUAGGGUGAGUUCAUCCGAUUCGCAUGGUGUUCCGGUGAAAUCUCCGGGGAUUCACGGGUAUCAAAAAGGUUACAGGGAUGACAUUGGGAGGCAUCCAUCGAAUCGAUCUGCUGGUAAAGGGAAGAAGCUCGUUUCAGGAGGGAACUCGUAUAACCACAAGAUAUCGGUUCCAAACGCGAAGAAGAAGAUGAAGACUGGAACUGGCAAUGGGAAAAGAAUCAAUUUUGAUCAAGAGUCUCGAAAGGGGUCUGUUGCAGCAUCACCUUCUCAGGCGAGGGAGGAUGAUAGGUCGGGAGCCGAAACUUCGGCCGCUGGAAACACUGUUGAUCUUGAUGUUUCAUUUAAAUCGAACGCUUUGGUGGCCAAAGAGAUUGUGGUGGCGCCGCAAGCUCAGACUGCUGAUUCAAGCAAGACCGUCGCUCCAAAGAAGAAGAAGAUCAUCAUCAAGAAGAAGGUGAGGAAACUGAAGCCAGUGGCCGCUCGCCCUAUAUCAGGUGCCCCAGUCGCCAAUGCGCAGAAGAAAAAUGCAGGCCCAGUGCCAUCAAGUGAUCGACCUGCAGCGGUGAUGAAUCCUAGCAAGGAUGAAGGUAAUUCCUCAAGGUGUACUACGUCAGUUAGUGAGCAAUCCGGGAUUGUUAAGGGGCCCGAACUGGACUCCGGUAACGAUAGAAGUGCUGCUAGCGGAUCUGAUGAAAAUGUGAAGCUGUUGGCCGGAGAUUCUGGAAAGGCAGGUGGUUGCACCUCGGAUGGGCAUGAGUUGUGUCCAGAGAGUGGAGAAAUUGCUAAGAAUGCUGAUUCGAAUUCUUUGGGUUGUUCUGAUGAUAAUCCUCUUAAUUCUGGCUUGACGCAGUGUGAUGGUAUAAUAGGCCAGUCAAGUGAAAAAGAAUUUGAUGGUACAGUUGAAUUGCAGCCAUCGUCCAAAGAUGCCAAGGCUUCAACUCUGGAGGGAAAUCCACCAUCUGAACUCGUGAGCAGUGAUGCUUGUAAUACUCUGACUAGAACAGAUCCUGGUGAAUUAGUACAGAUGUCAGAGGGAUCAAUGCGAUCUUUGCAUAACUCUUGCGAGAAUCAUUUGGUAUCCGUGACAUCUGAAAAUAACAUAUCAGAAACACCUUAUGUGGCUUCUUGUAUACAUACUUUGAAUUCAGAAACAUUUUCGAGUGGCUCUGCAGAUAAGUCUGAACCAGACUAUGCCCCUCGUCCAGAGAAGAAAUUAAGGACCAACAAUGGUAGUGCUUUAGUAGCCGGUACUGCUCCUUCGGAUGGUUUUCCGAAGGUUCCGCAUGUUGGGACUGAAGGCACUGGUACCCGUAGAAACGUGCGGACCGAACACAAAAAUCCGCAUGUUAACAUGCCAUCUGCAUCACAAGCAGCUAGUGAAACACCAUCUAAACCAACUGCUACGGCUUUACCAUCUGUAGCAAAAGUUGCCAGCCAACCAAUAGCGAAGCCAAAGACAGUUAAAGCAUCAACGAACAAAGAAUUGCAAGGCACCAACGUUCCUGCGUCUUUGUCACAGCCAGCUUUUUUCCCAUCACCGCCUUUAAGUAAAAGCAGCAAAACAACCACUGCUGCUCGUAUGGUUGGAUCUAGGACCUGGCGUCGGACUGAUAAUACCUCAAAUUCCACAUCCACUGGACAACAGGUUCUCUCGCAUGGCACUUCUUUGGGAAAACAAUCACUGAUUAAGCAGGAUAUACGUACGAAGAGUUCUUAUGUUCGCAAGGGGAACACACUUGUUAGAAAAUCAACACCAGUUGACCGGAGCCCUGUGCCACCACCAUCGUUGGGGCUCGCCUCAAAUAAAUCACCAGUGACAGAAAAAUCUCUAUUGGCAAAUGGACCAGCUGAUGGAGGGGAUAAAGCUGUCACCAGUACGAGUGUGGGGUUCCAAAACAAGAUGAAGGCAGUCAAUUCACUGGCAAAUGAAAAUGCGGGCAAAAUAGCUCCUAUCGAGAGGCCAGAUACUCCCCCUCUAACUCAAGCUACUAAAUUACCAGUCACCUCUCCACAGAGUUCUCCUUUCCUGGAGUCGCUGGACCUGCCUCCUGAAACUGGUCUGGGGAUCUCUUCUUCACCAGUAGUGUUGGACUUGAUUAAACAAAGCAGUGAUGAUGAAUCCAAUUAUGCGAAAAUUUCACAUAUUCAGAAUCAUUUUUCAGCCACCAAUUCUGAAGGCCAGGUGAACGUUAAUUCCAAAGAAGCAACACUAGAAUCAAAACAGAUGACCUAUGUCAAGACAAAAAGAAAUCAAUUAAUUGCAGCUGCCAAACCUGCAUGUCACAGCUCAUCAUCCAAAAUGAAAGAGAAUUCUCAGGCACCAACUGGCACGGUUUCACAUGAUUUCUAUUACAAGAAAAAAAAGAACCAAAUUGUUCGGGAUAUUACUGCAUCAGAAGGACAAUCUAUGCAGGCUUUAGUUAUUCCUGAUGAUGCUUCUAAUUCAGAAGAAAAAGGUUCUCUAACAUUGCUUUCUCAGAAACGUCACAGUUUUUCCAAGAGGAAGACUAACAGAGUUUCAGAUGUUCAGACUGACAUACCUCUAAUGACAUUAAAGACAUGGACUCGUAAUGGAAUUAACUCACGGCCUAGGGAAUAUAUAUCCUUUGACAAAAAAUGGGUUCUUCCGUCACUUGUACCUUGGAAGAGGAUGACAUACACUGCUUAUUAUGGAAGGAGCGUGCUAUCUGGUGCAAUCAAGAACUCAUUAUCCACAAUCAGUAGAAAACUGCAACUUUCCCGGAAAAGGGACACAUUGUACACAAGAUCUGGCAAUGGAUUUUCCUUGCGCAAGUCUGCAGUGCUAAGUGUUGGAGGAAGGAGCUUGAAAUGGUCGAAAUCCAUUGAGAAACAAUCAAAGCAAGCCUGUGAGGAAGCAACACUUGCUUUUGCUGCUGUGGAGAAAGAGAAGAGAAAGAAGAGUUCUGGUGCUGUUACAAAAGCUGUAAAACAUGCCUCUCGUAGAAGUGUUUGUGGUAUUAAAUUGCAACCAGGAGAAAGAAUCUUCCGUAUCAGUUCAGUCAGAUACAAAAUGGACUCAUCUAAAAGAACUCUUCUGCGGAUCCCUGAUGAAAAGGUCACUUCUUCUGUUAGUCAGCUAUCUGAAGACAGCAAAAAACCAUCUUUUGUUCCAAAGAGGUUGUUGAUCGGAAACAAUGAGUAUGUACGAAUUGGGAGUGGUAACAAGCUUGUGAGAGAUCCAAAGAGGUUGACACGUAUGCUGGCGAAUGAGAAAGUCAAAUGGAGCUUGCACACAGUUAGAUCACGUUUAGCCAGAAAAAGACAAUAUUGUCAGUUUUUUACAAGGUUUGGGAAAUGCAACAAGAGUGAUGGAAAAUGUCCAUAUAUUCACGAUCCUGAUAAGGUUGCUAUCUGUACAAAGUUUCUGAAAGGCUCUUGUUUAAAUGAGAACUGCAAGUUAACCCACAAGGUAAUACCAGAAAGAAUGCCAGAUUGUUCAUUUUUCUUGCAAGGUUUGUGUAGCAAUGAAAGUUGCCGGUACAGACAUGUAAAUGUAAAUCCUGCUGCAUCUAUCUGCGAGGGGUUUCUCAAAGGUUACUGUGCUGAUGGUGAUGAGUGUGAUAAAAAGCAUAGCUAUACCUGUCCACAAUACGAGUCAACAGGAAUAUGCACACAGAGAUCCACAUGCAGGCUUCAUCAUCCAAAGAAGAAAGACAAACCUGGAAAACAAUCACAUCGAAAGAGACAGAAAACCACUGAGGGACGUUAUUUUGUUUCCAGACUUCUUGAUGUGGGAAAAUCAGGAACAGCUAUAUCCGACAAUAAGCAGUCUGUAGAGAGGAUCUCUGAAGAUGCCUUCAUUUCUUGUGGCAAGUUUGCUGAUUAUAUCAGUCUAGACAUAAAGGACGAUGAUGAUGAUCGUAAUGAAGCAGCACAGCCAGGCGAGCUUUCAUGCGGUGUCUUGGAGGCUCCCAUCCAAGACCUUGUGUUGGAUUUGCCGAAACCAGACCUUGACAUGGUCAUAAAACCUAUCCGUCUGAUGCAGAAGAGUGCAACGUGAAGCUGACGCUGAUUUCUUUGGGCGUUAGUGUAUUAAUACAAGGGUGUAUCACAUUUCAGUCAUUCUUAGUGUGUUGCUUCCUUGUGUUGAGGGUUAGGCCUGAUGUGAUUGAUUAUUUCUUGUUGCAGUUUUUAUCUCGAGAGCUGCAUAACUCCACGUGAUGCUCAAGCUUCUUCUGGGACGUUGAGUUUGCGUGCAAUCGAGGAUCUUCCUGGUGUGCUAACAAAAGAUUUUGCAGCAUUUGGAAUGUAAAAGAGAGCCGGCUGGCGUCUGUAAAUUUACAUACGAUCAUGAGCACAAUUUCAUUCUGGACAAUAAGAGUGAAAAUAAAGACAAGGGAAAAGUGAAAGAAGGCAAGAUUUUUGUGUGAAUGGUCUAGCUGGGAAUUCCCCAUUGUACGACAGCUAAUGAUUAAUGGAAAUUUUUUUCA